AUGGAUUUGGACUCUGCAGAACAGAGCAGAAUCAAGAGACCCAAGCUUGAACAUCGCGCACCACCACUCGAUUUUCUCACGAGACUCCCUCGUGAACUCGUUUUAGAGAUAUUUUCAAAGCUACCCGUUUCGUCUUUGCUCAAUGUCAUGUACGUUUGCCGAUCAUGGCGAUCCUUAGCACAGGACCCUUCGAUUGCUCCUCACCUCUCUGGCAUCACCAAGAACAAUCAGUGCUUAAUCUUCCACUGCGACACUCCGAUUCGAAGUCAAGUUUGCUUGGCAGACUUCAUUUCUUCUCCAGGUAACAUCCAAAAGGUCACUAAUCUCCUUCCAAUUUUCACUUCUUCGAUGCCUGAGUUUGAUGUGGUAGCGUCAUGGGAUGGCGUAUUGUGCUUGUUCGAUUCCUUGUUCGGUGACAAACUCUAUCUGUAUAACCCUUUCACUAAUUUCUUUAAACAAUUUCCUCAACCCGUGAAACACCCAAAUCAAGAGUCCGUGAUUGGAUUCGGCUUCGUUCAGAAAACGCAGGAAUUCAAAGUUGUUCAAGUCAUAAGCAUAAACCCCUUCAAAGAUUAUCCUAGAGAAACUGCACCACCAUGUUCGAGGACCCUGAUUUUAAGUCUGGGAAGCUCAAAGUGGAGAGAUAUAGGUGAAGUAGAGUAUCAUUUUGUUCAAUGUACAUCACAGAUUCUUGUUAAUGGAAGACUCCAUUGGGUUACUCAGCCACGGAAACGAGGAAGGAAUCGUUGGAGUGCUCUUGUUUCAUUUGAUCUCACAAACGAGGUAUACGAACACGUUCCAAUUCCAUAUAGUGAAACCUUAAAGAAAUAUGAAUUCCAUUUGCUUGUGAUAAAGGGUUGUCUUUCUGCGGCAUUUUACUGCAGAAGAGGAAGAUUAGAGAUAUGGGUAAUGAAAAAUUAUGGGGUAAAGGAAUCUUGGAUCAAGGAAUUCAGCAUUCGAAAUCAUGUUCCUAAGGGGUUAAAAGAGAAUUAUGAAUUGGAUUUUUGGGGUGUGAAAUUCUUGAAGACUGUAUCAAGAGCUAAAAGUGUUAGAGCUGUGUGUGUUCUUGACAAUGGCGAAAUUUUGUUGGAGUUUAAAGGCAAGGCUUUGGCUACUUAUGAUCCCACUAAGAGAAAAUUCAAGGAUUUACAAAUCCAGGGGAUACCAAAUUGGUUUCAAGUGAUUCAUGCAGGUAGCUUCAAUUGGAUUCAUGCACUCCCUUCAUAA